UGACUGUAGGCUACACACGUGGCCUGACAUAGGAACGGUAAUAACUUGUGUCAGUCCCAGUUGCACACAAAAAUAGCCUCGUUGUGCGGACACCGACCUUUCAAAACAAACAAGGACAGGACCAGUCUCUAUAUAUCUCCUGUAGUUUUCGUACGAGGGUAUUAUUAAGCAUGAAACUAGAAGAACAAGACCCGUCUUUUGCUUGUUUCAGAUCCGGGACAUAGAGAUCUCAUGCCCGCCUCUUUUGCUGUCUCCUUCCCAUCCCCCUCAUUUUGGACCCGAUAGCGUUUUACAGCCUCUCCGCUCAUUCUCGCUCUCAACCAUCUUUGUUCACCACGAGCCUUGGCCAGGCACCCUACCCUGGAGAGCCAAAGUGCGUGCGUGACUCGCGAAGAGGGGUAGGAGACUCCUUUCGCUCUCCCGCAAUGGCGUCCGUAAUGGGGUGCCGAACUCUGAGCAAAGAUGAUGUCAAUUACAGGCUACAUUUUCGCAUGAUCAACGAACAGCAAGUGGAAGAUAUCACAAUUGAGUUUUUCUACAAACCUCACACCAUCACACUGUUGACGUUCACAGUGGUCAGCUUGAUGUACUUUGCGUUUACUAGGAAUGAUGCAGAUCCUGACAACAACCUCAGGGUGGGCCUCAUCUUGGUGAUAUCUUUCUUCCUGGUCAUCAGCACCCUUGCAUUUCCCAAUGGUCCAUUCACCAGACCUCAUCCAGCAAUAUGGCGCAUGGUUUUUGGUCUGAGUGUGCUGUACUUCCUGUUCCUGGUCUUCAUCAUCUUCCUGAACUGGGAGCAGGUGAAGAAGCUCAUGUACUGGCUUGAUCCCAACCUGCGGUAUGCGACCCGGGAGGCAGACGUCAUGGAAUAUGCCAUCAACUGCCAUGUGAUCACCUGGGAGCGAAUCCUGAGUCACUUUGAUAUCUUUGCCUUCGGGCACUUCUGGGGCUGGGCCAUGAAAGCCCUGCUCAUCCGCAGCUACGGCCUCUGCUGGACCAUCAGCAUCACCUGGGAGCUCACCGAGCUCUUUUUCAUGCACCUGCUGCCCAACUUUGCGGAGUGCUGGUGGGACCAGGUGAUCCUGGACAUCCUGCUCUGUAACGGAGGGGGGAUCUGGCUGGGCAUGACGGUCUGCCGCUUCCUUGAGAUCCGCACGUACCACUGGGCCAGCAUCAAGGACAUCCACACUACAACAGGCAAGAUCAAGCGUGCUGUACUGCAGUUCACUCCUGCCAGUUGGACAUAUGUGCGCUGGUUCGACCCCAAAUCCUCCUUCCAGAGGGUGGCGGGUAUCUACCUCUUCAUGAUCAUCUGGCAGCUGACAGAGUUGAACACCUUCUUCCUGAAGCACAUAUUUGUGUUCCAGGCCUGUCACGCACUUAGCUGGUGCAGAAUACUCUUCAUAGGAGUCAUCACCGCCCCCACUGUCCGGCAAUAUUAUGCAUACCUCACCGACACACAGUGCAAAAGAGUUGGGACACAGUGCUGGGUCUUUGGAGCUAUUGCCUUCUUGGAAGCCUUGGCCUGUAUUAAAUUUGGACAGGACCUGUUUUCCAAAACCCAGGUCCUAUAUGUAAUCCUCUGGCUCAUCUGUGUGGCCUUCACCACUUUCUUGUGUCUGUCCGGGAUGAUGUGGUUCGCAGAAAACUACAGCCCCAGACAGAAAAACCUUUCAGAAUGUGAGGACAGCUCCUUCAUAGAUUCAUGUGGAUAUAUUCCGGAAAAUGUUAAAGCAGGAGAGAAGGAGGCAGGAAGCUCUGCGGCCCCGUCUAGACGGAAGAGGGGCUCGGGGAAGAACAAGGCCUCUAACGGCCUGGGGAGCAAGAAGUAAGCCAGAGCACGGCCAUCGUCCCAACACACCCAGACGGCCUGGGGAGAGGGAGUGAGGAGCCAGAGAGAGAGCGGCGCACACUUGCACAUUUUUGGGAGAAGAACUUGUCUGAAGGGGGAGGAGGAAGCGAAGAAAAGCUGAGGACAGAUGACCAGUGAGAAGCCAGUGCCUCUACACUUCUGCGGAGUGUGCAGUCCUUUCUGAGUUGAGAACGGCUGGAACUUUCUCUCUGAAUGUGUGCUCCCCGAUUUCAGUGUUCAGCGUACCCCCUGAAUCUCAUCACCCCCACCCCCGUGUCCCCUGCUCCCAGUCCACAGGCUGGUCAUUUUUGUGUUUGUGUGAGAGUGCGUCUGUUAAUCUUACAUAUAUUGAACUGCAUCCUUAUUUAUUUAACAGACUGUGGCCUCCAGUGUGGCAUCAUUGUCUAAUUUUGUGCAGUUAAAAUCACAGACAUUUGCUCACUGGAAAAGGAGGGAUUCCUUAGCACACACUGUGUAUACUAGCAGGAGGAGGUCAAGCUUUUUUCCGUUAAUCAACAACAGUAUGUGCCUAACAAGCCAUGUUUAUGGGCUAUAUUUUGGCAGCGUUAACAGACUUCCAACUGUCCCAUGCAUUCCCAUGUGACAUAUUGAAACCAGUCAAAGGUCUAUGUAAAUAACUCUUAACUGACUGGAUAUAUUUGCCAGUUUAAAUGACAAAAACAUUGUUACAGACCUACGUGCAGUUUCACAUUGGUUUAAAAACUGGAAUAUCGAGUAAGCUUGCUGAAGUAAAAUGCUUUGCUUGUCUCUAAAUAUACUUGUGGGACAGUCACUUGUCUCUCUGCUCCAGCUAUUUGCUAACCCACACCAAAAACAACAAGUCUUUAGGUCUAAUAGGAUGCAAAAAGUGUAGCUGUAUACAGUAUUAUAAUAUUAUUGUGUGAAUGAAAUGUAAUUCAGAUCUCCCUGUUUAAAAUCAAUUCCAUUUCAUAGACGGACACCCCUCCUGUGACGGUAAAGCCCACAUAAACCUGUUGGCUUAAUGUCUGUAUCUUUAGCUGAGGAAAAUUUGAGUAUUACUGACUCACUUUCUGCUUUGUUAUGAUGUAGGAUCAGGCCAUUUUUUGUUGGAUUAGCCUAUGUUAGAAUAAUAUUUUCUGUCAUCAUCCAUUUCAUUUUUCUGAGUGUCUCUGAAGGAGUGCGAUGUGAUUAUGACAGGUCCUAUCCGAUACCUGCCUUGACAAUAAUGGUCAAGGCGUUGGUCCGCGUGCGCCAGAACAGAGUCACAGAGAGGAGAACUUUAAAGCACUUUUUAAUAGAUGUGAACCACUCCAUACAUAUCUUUUGUACUGUACGUUUCUAACACAAGUUUCGUUGCAGUAUUUGUUUGUUUUGGAAUUGCCAGUGUGAGCCUGAAGUGUCGGUGCAGGCGCUCUGGCAGACUGCAUUUCAGCCUGUUCUCUGAGAACGGGCAUACGAUCAUGGAUUUAUUUUGCAAUGUUUUUGUAUCUUGACAAAAAAAGCAGUAAUCAGGCUUAGGUUUCAUUGUAAGAAGAUUGGGUUUUCACAUGAGAAUAGCCUACCAGUGUUUCCUAAAAUAUUUGCUUUUGUAUGCUCACAUUUGUGUGCGUGUGUGCAUGCAUGUGCGUGUGUGCGCGUGUGCAUGCGUCCGUGUGUGUGUAUGUGUGUGUGUGUGUGUGUGUGCGUGUGUGUGGCUGCUCUUUGGAAUGUUUUGAUUCAGUGAAGGGGGUGUUUGUCUACAUGCUGUGGGGGAGCCAGUACCUAUGGUCUUUAACAGGGUCAGAAAGCACACUGCACAGAUGCAGACAUUUUUCAAUUUCUUCAGCUUUGAAUUGGCUGAACGCCAGCAAACGCUUUGUUUUAAAACAAUUUUGGAUCUAUGUUGCACGUGCAUUGUGUGUGAAUUUGCGUGUGUACUGCCACACUAACUGCCAGAGGCUACUGCCACACUAACUGCCUAUUUCAACGGUUUGCAGUAAAAUAAGUUCAAUGUAUCAAUGUGCGCACACUGUUGUCAUCUGGAGACCUCACAGUAUUUUGUUCUGUGUAAAAUAGUGCAUCCUAUAAGUCAGACAGAUAAGAAAAAUCACUUAUUUUUUAGCACAUCCUUGCGCUAGUAAUGUACCCUGUCUGGCAACAUUUUGUUUUAGCUGUAUGGUACGUGCAGGCUGUUCUGUAUUCAGGCUGCACUUCACAUUUGGCCAAAACAAUCCUCUUGAAAAGGUCUUUGUGUAUUUUUUAAUGUGAGGUAGACAAAAAUAUCAAUGAAGUUGUAUUACCUUUUGUAUUUUCUCAAAAUGGUGGUAAUGUCACAAUAAUCCUAACAUUCAAUGGAUAAUAUUACAUCUGAUCGACAAUAUCCCACUUGCAUGCAAGAGGGGCACAAUGACCCUUAAGGGGAGAGAGAGCCACAUUUGACCUGCAUUUCUGACCUCUCAUGAUGCCGCAUGCGGAACUACAGAGAUUAGGAAUGGGGAAGAAGCUAGAGACACAUUUACUCUUAUACACCCUCUAGUGCCAUCUAUUGACUUUUCUGUAUAGUAACACAGGCAUUUUUGACAUAUAUACAAGAAAAUGCCAUACAAUAUUCCACUUAAUAUCAAACAAAUGCACAGUCAGGUGAUGGUGAUACUGAGUAUUUUCAUAAAACUAACUUGUCUUUUGACCUUUUGCCUUUUUUUGUUGCAUUAAUAGAGUUUUGUAAAAACUAAAAAAACUCAAAAUAUGCUGUGUGAUUUGUGCUGAAGAGCAUAUAAACAUCCUGAAAGUGAAUCAUUGUGUGCAUUACAAAGGGAGGUUGCGGCUGUGCAACAAUGCAAAGGCCUUCAGUUAAUUUUACGAUGGUGGGUGUGUGAUCCCUUAUUGUGUAUCCAGGCAGAGUUGCAAGGGAGCACUGUGAAAUUCAGCAUUCACAUCAGAGAGAGAGAUUAUUGAGGGGUCUGUCUGCUUUCAAAUAUGGAAUGUUUUAAUACAGGAAAAGACUUCCAUUGAUUAUGUUUUCCUGUGUUUGUUUAAUUCUGAUUUACUAUAAUAUGCUUUCAAUGAAUUAUUCCCCUAACGGCUAAAGUUACCAACCAUUGAGUGUUACUGUUACACAGUUACUGUUUAAGGAGAGCAUGUUAUAGUAUGUUGGCUCUUGUUGGAAGAAAUGGGGAGGGGGGUGGCAAUGAUUGUUUUUAACAUGAUCCAUGUUCUUUUUCCUUUUUUAUUGUAUGCUUAUAACCACCAUAAGCAAUAUUUCUUCAUUAAAUUGCUUUUUGAUAUGGCUAAGUGCACCACAUUUAGAAAUCCUGAAGAAUCACAUGAUGGUCCAUACAAAUUUUAAAUUAAUUUUUCAUAGCCAGCACAAACAUGCACCUGUAAAAACCCCUUUGAUGGUAUUCACUUUAAAAGCUCAAUGUGCAAACUGCAAGUCACACUAAUCUUAUGGUUGGGACUUGCAAUGAGAUUUCAGAUCUUGAAUAAUGCUCUAGGACCAUAAUGUGGACCCAUUAACGUGUGCUGUGGACUUUUGGGGUGCUUUGUUUUGAUCAGCUGUUUUGAUAUCUACAGACGUCUGCCUACAUCUCUACGCCUAUGCCUGCCCUGUUUUCCACGCCUGAUCAGUCGCUGUAUGGAGUCUGUCCCAGGGAUGCUAUACUGUGCUGUGCUUGCAUAUGUAUUUUUUUGAAGUGAGAUGUUUUGAUCACUUGAUGCCUUUAUACUAAAAAUAUUUUUAAGUUACUUUCUGUCUCAAGUAUAAAAAUAAAACAUUCUGUGGUCCUAA